UCCACCGUGUACUGUUGACCGUCACCUCAUAUGUCUACUCUGUACAGUUCGCUGCAGUCGCGCUUACUCGCCGAGCUUCCAUGGCGACAAACUAGAAAAGGCGUUUUUCUCAGAUCGACCAGCCUGUUAGCUCCUCCAGGAGAGCUAACGGGCAUGUUACGAAAUGGGAUGAUGUAGCGGGACCUCGUAGUACUUUAGCCGUGCUAAGCUAACGUGGAGCUGUACACACAUUUGCCAGGAGAAACAAGCCCAUAACUAGAGCGAGCUAACGGCUGUGAGCUAACGGAGGCUAGCAGUCACCUGCAGGCUGUUCUUGCUAACCAACUGGCGUCGCCGUUGCUAGCUAACAGGAUGGAAAGUGUGAAGGAAAACGAGUGUGGGACGCUUUCAUCUCCGUCAACACCACAGGGGGUAUCCGACUCUAGCGGUGACAGUAAUUCCGUGAAGCCAAGUGGAUUAACACCGGGAAAGAGACCCUCAAUCGGGGAGGAUAGUGACGGUGGGGGCGCAGAAGCGAAACUCUUCGGGAAGGGGCUGGCAGCCACCUCCCUUCUCCAGAUUGCGAUAAGGAAUGGGAUCUAUCAAAACCAAGUUGCCAACGCUAUCGGCGGUGCAGCCAAAAAUAUGAACAUCCCCAUCGUGAAAACAGCCAACAUUUACAGCCUGACAUCAGCCAACAGCACCACUUCUGUUAACUCUUUGCUGGGCAGGAGGCGGCAGAGACACAAGAGGAAUCUGUCGCUGGGGGCUCCGCCGACCAGCACCUCUCCCGGGGGGUCCUCAGCGGAGGCGGUGAGUCCCGCUCCCUCAGUCUCGCCCCUGAGCACACUAAGCCUAGAUAGAAAGACUUUUCUUCGGCAGAAACAGUCAAAGCAGCUCCAGGCCUCGGAUAAGACAUGGGUGAGGUCGGACCUCCGGAGAGGUUGCAUUCACGUCCACGACUGGCUCACGCCCUCCUACCCGCGGCCGGUGCUCUGCACUGUGGACACUACUGCUGCAGAAUUAGCCAGUAAGCUGGAGGGAAGCAAAGCUGGGGCUGUGUUGAGAAUUAACUUUAAAACUGCUGCUUUAGUUGACUUAAAUGAUUAUUGCAAAGCUAGUAAUGGACACACAGAUGCACACGAUGUCAAAAACCUCAACGCAGGGGAGAAUGAACACAAACAACAUUAUUAUCCUGAUGCUAAACUUUCCUCUAACUUGUUGGAUGAUAACACCGCCAGUAACUCUUCCUCUGAGGUCUAUAUGAAUGACAUUGGUAUAGAUUUGAGCCAGAGUGUGGGAGACUGUUAUGGAGUCUACUCUGGAUCCGAUAUGGAGAGCAGCACCUGUGAGGACUUCAGCCCAGGUGGACCCAGGAGCACAGAGCACCGGGACUCGCUCAGUGAUGGGCUGGGUUUGGGCACAGACUCCUCGGUGUUGAGCCCCACAGGAGACAGUGCCACAGAGGGACCUGACCCGUUUGAGAGCUCCUCAGAUGAAGUAGACCUCACCUCCUCUCCAACACAUUCAGCUGGUAACUCUGCUGCAGACCAGCAAGAGGACCUGCCUACCACAUACCCCUGCAGUACUUCCAACCCAACCACAGUAGAUGAGCCCCCAUCUGGAGGUGGUGAUAAUGUAGAUACCGCCAAAUUAAUCAAAGCUCCCUCUAAAUGUCCCAGCAGCUCUCAGACUCGGCCCCUGUCCAGCCAAGCAUCUGCCCAGCCUGACCCGGAGGUCCCUGGGGGGUGCAGAGUAUGGCCAGAGACCAUCAAUACUACCCCGACCCCGGCUCUCUUCGCCCAGCUGCACGGUGGAGCUGUGCGGAGGCUGGGGGACGAUGAGAAGCCACUUCAGAUAUUAAAUGAGUACCUCACUAAUCUGGGGUUUGAAGAGGCAUGGAGGGUGCAAGGGGAGAGCAUGAAUCCUGAAAUUGGCUGCCUGAUUCGCUUCUAUUUUGGCAAGCCUCGCAGCGUGGGCGGCUCUGAGCGUGUGCAGCUUUCGGGGGUGUUUAACGUGCGCAAAGGGAAGCUGGCGCUGCCGGUGAACCGCUGGUCCAGGCGCCAGGUCACACUGAGUGGAACCUGCCUCAUCGUCUCAUCUGUCAAACAUGCCCACACCGGCAAGAUGCACAUCCUCCCCCUCAUCGGAGGAAAGGGUGUUAUGUUUUGUAAACUGAGGAGCCUCAGUCUGUCAAAUAACGCUCUGUCAGACUUUCCCCUGUCCCUGUGUGACAUCACCUCGCUCACAGAGCUGAACUUGUCUGGAAACCGUCUCUCGUCUCUGCCCGUGGAAGCAGGAACCAUGCACAAGCUGCUGUCCAGUGGGAGCCUGAGGAAGCUGCUGGCAGGCUGGAACCAGGUGUGUCGGCUGGCUGAGAGACUGGAGAGAUCGCAGCUUGAGGUCCUGGACCUUCAACACAACCAUCUGACGGAGCUCCCACACAACCUGUUCAUCAAAGCACAGAGCUUGCGGUACCUAAACGUGUCAGCCAAUAAAUUGGAGAACCUCCCUGCAGCCAGCCUAUCAGAGGACAACUCCAGCAGCCUGGAGGAACUCUAUGUGACCAAUAACUGCCUGACGGACAAGUGUGUCCCCCUGCUGACUGGACACGGCCACCUCAGGGUGCUCCACCUGGCCUACAACCAGCUGCAGACGUUUACUGCCAGUAAACUGGCACGUUUGGAGCAGCUGGAGGAGCUGGACCUGAGUGGAAACAGACUGAGGGCUGUUCCCACCACCAUCCUCAGCUGUCAGCGUAUGCACACACUCUCCGCCCACUCAAACUGCAUCAACGCAUUCCCCGAGGUUCUCCAGCUGCCUGAGAUCAAGUGUGUCGACCUGAGCUGCAACGAGCUGACGGAGGUGACUCUGCCGGAGACGCUUCCUCAGAAGCUUCAGGAUCUGGACCUCACAGGCAACCCUCGCCUCAACCUGGACCACAAGAGCCUGGAGCUCCUCAAUAAUAUCAAAUGUUUCAGGGUGGAUCCAUCCCCUUCAGCUCCGUGUGUGAGCGAGAGCCACGGGGCCCCUGCAGUCUGGAGCCACGGCUACACAGAGGCCUCUGGAGUCAAAAACAAGCUGUGUGUGGCAGCUCUGGCCCUGGACAGCUUCUGUGGGAUCCGUGAGGCUCUGUACGGAGUGUUCGACGGGGACAAGAACGUGGAGGUGCCUUACCUGCUGCAGUGCACCAUGGGAGACGUGCUGGCAGAGGAGCUGCACAGGGGCCAGAGGCAGGAAGACUACAUGACCAACACUUUCCUCACCAUGCAAAGGAAACUGGGCACAGCGGGUCAGAGGAUGGGGGGCUCGGCCGCUCUGUGUCACAUCAAACAUGACCCGGUGGCUCCGGGCGAGCGCGGGGGCUGCUUCACCCUGAAGGCCGCCAACGUGGGCCGGUGCCAGGCGGUUCUGUGCCGCGACGGUAAAGCUAUGCAACUCUCCACCACACACACUGUCAAAGAGGAGCCCGAGUACCUGAGGGUCCGGCAGCAUAACGCCAUCAUCACCGAGGACAACAAAGUGAGUGGUGUGACUGACUCCACCAGGAUCAUGGGUUACUCCUUCCUGUGCCCCUCCGUAACACCCAGACCGCACGUCUCCACGGUUACCCUCACCCCGCAGGACGAGUUCUUCCUACUGGGCAGCCGGGGAUUAUGGGACAUGUUGUCUCCCAGCGAGGCGGUGGAGGCGGUCCGGAAUGUCCCGGACGCUCUGGCUGCUGCUAAGAAGCUGGUGACCCUGGCUCAGAGCUACGGCUGCUCCGACAGCCUCAGCGCUGUGGUGGUGCAGCUCAGCAUCACGGAGGACUGCUGCUGUUUCUGCGAGCCCGAGCCCCCUCCACCCAGCCCGGGCCCGGGGGUGCACACCAGCACUCACCCCUACUCAGUGGGCAGUGAUGGCAUACCGCUGCCCCCCGCCUCCUCUGGGACAGUGAGCGAGCUGAGCAGCGAGUUCAGCACGUCGGAGAUGAGCAGCGAGGUGGGGUCCACCGCGUCCUCGGAGGAGCCCCCGCCCCAAGCAGAGCCCCUCCCCUCCCACCUGAACCUGCCGGGGCGGGCCGGCGUUCGCAGGCCGCCCUGUGGAGGAGGCAGCUUCCACAGGCAGUUCUCCGGAGCUCUGUCGGACCACGGGGUGGACAGCGAGGACGAGGAGCCCAUCGCCGGGGUCUUCUCCAACGGCAGCCGCGUCGAGGUGGAGGCUGACGUCCACCGCCAUGGCUGCACAGCCCCCCAAACGCACACUACACCAAGCACAAAAAUCCCUCCUGUUGUGGCUUCACCUUCGCCUCUUCCCUUCUCCUUGCCGUCCCCCUCCCCCGUCCCUCCUUCCUCGCCCUGCCUCAGCGGGGAGGCUCAGUCGGGGACCCUGGGCCGCAGGGCUCGUGCUAACGGCUCCGUGGCUUGUCAAGGGAGGAACCAGGACCUCAUCGAGGAGGCGGCCGACGCCCCCGUUAGGAAGCAGGGGGGCUACUUCAACGCUCCCGCACAGCCGGACCCCGACGACCAGCUCAUCAUCCCGCCAGAGCUGGAGGAGGAGGUCCGGCAGAUCAUCCAGCAGCAGCAGCAGCAGCAGAUGCAGACACACAGCCAGCCAGCACACAGCUACCAGAAACCUGCAGACUUCUUCGUCACACCGCUCUAACUUCCACUUUAGGUCGUACCGCUCCCUCCAAAAGGUCCUCAGAGUAUUCUGAAAAUGCUUCUGGACCAGACAGACUGUUUUGUUAUUUACUUUAUUUUCUACUGUUAACUCUAUGCCCCUUGAAACGCAAUGCAAUUUUUUACAACACUUAACAUUGAUAAGAUCUUCACAUGUAAUUGAUUUUCUUUUUUUACCAUAUCUUUAAUUUUAAGAAGCUCUUUGAAAUGCUAUGUUAAAUGGUACUUGGAGAUAGGGACCAUUGUGUUUUUGUGUUGUAGCAGACAUUUCCCCCGUGUGUCGCGGCUCAUGGCCUUUACAGUUGUCCGAGUUAGUAAAACUGUUAAACUGUUAAACUAACUCCUAGGAGUUUAAUACUUUAAAGUGACUUAGUCACUGAAGCGUACUAAUAUUCUCUGAGAGAAAAGAUGAUAAUAUCAAAAGGCUGAUAUUCCAGGUUUGUGUUUUCGGGUGUGCAGAGUUCAGAGUGGUGCUGCAGUGCAGAGUUAAUGCUGAAGGGUGU